CCGUGUCCUUCUGGUCUAACGUCCACAGGAAUCUGUUUCCUGGCUGCAUUCAGAACUGGUUUGAAACUGGAGCCGGUUGGACUUCAGGAACACAAAGCUGUUCCAAAGAUCCAGAGGAAGAAGUCAAAGAAAGAACAGAUGCAUUUGUGUCAGAGGGAAACAAAGUGAAGAGCUUAACCUCUGCAAAUGGAGAUCAUGAGUUCAUGAGAUAGUGCUGUUAGUGAUCUGCGUCCCACUCCUGAGGUUCCAAGUCUUCCCAGGUCACUACUGAGUGUUGGAGCCCAAACACUGAGUAGAGUCUCCAGCUUGACCAGACAAGAGCCCACACUGCCUUUUACUGUCAGUCCACGGUCAGCUGAUCAAGUCUUUCUCCACCAUGUUGAAAAUUACUGACAAACUUUACUGGAAGACCUGGGAGGGAUCUCUUCCAGAUGGAGCUGUUAGUAUCUGGAACAGCGACUGCAAUCGCACCGACUAUGUGAGCAAACCCUCAAAUCGAGUGGAAUGCGGUUUAUACACACAAAGCCUCGGUCCCUACUGCUACUAUACAUUGAGUGGCCGUGAGCUGAAAGAUCCCUCAUUCCUCAUCCUUGUGAAUGAAGAUAAUUUUGAAGAUCUUGUCUGGAUAAGUGAUUCAAACGGUGGGGUACCUAAAAACGCUGUGAGGUCUGCUGAUGCAGUCUACGUAGGAAAGAACCAGUAUGGUCUAGGGAAGGUGGUCCCUCAACACCAUUGCCUUUUUUUACCCUUGAAAGGUCGUGAAUCUUGGUACCGCCAGUACGAGGUCCUGACCUACAACACUGAUGUGAAAAGUGAUGUUCUCUCUUGUGUUGAGUACCAAAUAGAUAAAGCUAAAAUUAAACACCUCCCUCCGGAAACAAUAAAAAAAUCAGAAAUUUCCAACAUCACUAGCACUGAGAUUACACAAUCAUGUACCCUUGAGGAGACAACUGUAGAUGAGUCGAACUGGGAUUUCACUAACUCCAAAGGUUUACAUGCCGAAAUGAAAAUUUCUACUGGAAUCCCAUCCAUUUUUGACAUGAGCGUUACAGUUGGUGCUGAGGAGACAUUCACAUAUUCGAAAGGAGGCUCCAGGAAAAGGGAGAAAAAAUGGUCUCAGACUCUCACUGUCCAAGUCCCACCAAAACAGAAAAGGUAUAUCACGAUGGUAGCCAGAAAGUGCAAGCUCGAGAUUCCCUUCACUGCGCGCCUCACUCGCACUUACAAUAAAGGAAAGGUCGGGUCAACAAACAUCAGUGGGACCUACAGAGGUGCCUGUGUGAGUGAAGUUAAGACUGAGGUUAACCAGGGUUAGUGUAUAGCAGAGUCUUGAGGGACAGACACAAAGAGAUUCAGCUUGAAGCCUUAAACUAACCUGUACUUCAACCCAUGAUUCUUUGGAGGGAACUCCAUUUGAAUGUCUUUACAACAGCUGAAUUUGGAUUUCUCUUCUGGGCAUCUGCUUUUCAGAGCCAGGUAGAUAUUCUCAAACAUGUAAACUAAAUGUAAUCCAUGAAUGAGCAACAGUUAUGGUUCAGGAUCUAAAUUCUUGAAAGUUUAGAGGGAGUUUCUCAUGGGUCUUUGCUGCAAACAAAACUCUGACUUUAGUAUUUUUGCUAUAAUUCCAGUUUCAUUUGGACAUUUUCGAUGUUUGUCCUAAAGGUUGUGGUUCUUACUUGUGUAUUCGUGAUCAUUUGCUCCAUCGUAAUAAAAAAUGAGCAACUUUUCCAUUUUCUUUUGGGUUUUUUUCCCUGGAAACACUGUUGAAACAUGGAUGAUCAUUGUCCCGCCAAGAUAUAUAGCGUGUAUGGAAUUAUUUUCUUUGCACGUCUGCUUCAGAUUGAUGCUUUUUGAAACGGAUGAUUUUGUUCAAAUAAGUCAUUCUACUUUUCCUGCUGAAUAAAGAUCAACUUCAAGUGUA